AUGACCGUCAAACCUGGAGUCGAAGCCUUCAUGGGCCCUACCAUGAUGAAAUGGCCCAUCAUCAAGUUUUCGACCCAAGAGGAGUUUGUCCAUCGGUUAGAACGAGGCACCAUAAUCGAGAUGGAAAAUGAGAUGUCGCGGCUCAAGAUACUCAACGAGCGCGGCGACACACACGCGGCUUGGGUCAUCGGACCCAUACCUGGGUGCCAGACAUCUUUCACGACGUCCUGGUUGCUUCUGGCGAGAAAUCCGACUUCCUCUCUGAGUAUCGGUUUUCCGACCAUAACCGAUAGGUUUUCCAUCGACAUGGAACAAAGCAUUCAGCUGCCACAGGGCUCAUUUACCCUGUAUCAUCUGCCUGCGACGCGAAUCCAGAACCCCUACGAAGAUGUCGCUAGCUUGGAGGGGAACUCUAUACAAAAGCUCGCAGCGUUUAAAGUGGACGUCCCAAGGUGUCAGAGGGCUGAGAAUGGAGAGCAGAUAGAGGUAAACCUGAUGGCGCACCUCCAAGUCUCUGGUGCGUUGGAUGACUUCUCCGGCAUCGUCUUGGAUGAGACCAACCAGAAAAACAUCUCGAUCCGUUGGGAGAUUUCAAGCAAGACUUUUGAAGCCGAGCUUGAUGCGUUGGACUUCUUUGUUGCGCCAAAGAGAUUUGAGAAAAGGGCACCGUGCUAUCGUGCCAGGCUUGCAUUUGCAAUGUUGCAACAUUUUCAAGCAGAGGGCCCGGAAAUGAUUGAUCUACUCUCAAAGUAUCCUCACCUGGCACAGCCGGGCAAGUCGGCGCACAAUAUUUCUCCUGUUCUUUUGAAGAAAUUUGCACAAUUCAAUCACGACCACGUUGCAGCUCACCAGGGACUUGGGCGAAUAAAAAAUGGCCUUUACUUUGUCAAUGGCUGUCCCGGAGCAGGAAAGACUGAGUGGAAUAUGGUCAUUUCUGCACUGAUCCAGUCUCACCAUACAUAUGCCGCCAAGAGGAUUCCUCAUCCGAUCCUCUUUCUUGUCGACAUUAACCAGACUGUGUCGGAUGCAGCUGACAGAUACCACUGCCUCUGUAAAGACGCCGGACUCGACGUUCGAAUUAUACGGAUGUAUGGGUGGCCUUAUGAGAUGCGCCAUUCUGAAAGGCUAAAUCAAGCGGGCGGUCACAAGGAUGAUGGCGAUGCAGCCACGGAUUUCACCAAGACUUUUCUGACGACUGUUGGUUUAACUCACCACGCUAAGCUGGAGCGGGAUGACAGGCGUGCUCCCAACCUCGACGAGGCAGCUUGGGAUCAUUACGAGAAGCACAAGCAUGACAGCUACCCUGGUCUUACGAAGCUCCUUGGACGCAUGGAGAAGGAAGAAGUUUUCGACGGCGAAGACUGGAGGUCUCUUCGGCGCCAAGUCACCGGUUUGUACAGAGAUGUUCUGGCUGGUGCCGACUUUGUUGCCACGACUCCUGUAGCCGCCUCCGGCAGCUUUGCCAAACUGUUUCGCCCAGAGAUUAUUUUUGUGGACGAGGCGCCUCAUGCUCGGGAGUUGACGACACUCAUUCCUUUGGCAUACUUUGAUCCUGUGGCUUGGAUCUUCACCGGCGACGUGAAGCAGACGCGCCCGUUUAUCGAUAACUGCGGCUCCGAGAGAAAAGCCCAGCAAAAAGGACUGAUAUUCAACCCUUACGCUGAACAGCUGCGACUCAGCACGAUGGCACGAGCGGCAGCGGCUGACGCUCUUGAUCACAAGUUGCUUGUCAACAAUCGUGCCUUUGGAAACCUGCAGCGUCUUCCAUCUCACAUUUUCUACGAUGGUGAGAUGACAUCAGGUCAUAGUGAAGAGACAAUGUAUCCGGCAAGCACGAAGUACUUGAAAGAGUACUUGGAGAAGCUCUCGGGAAGAGAGAACCUGGAGGAAAACAGGCUCGUGGUGAGCUUCGCAAACAGUUCUGAGGAAACACACCGCAAUAGCUUCUGGAAUCCCACGCAGCACAGCUGGGUUAUUGAGCAAGCGAAGAGUCUGUUGGAAGAUGUCAAGUUCCAAAGCGUCUCCGGUGCCCCUGGAACGAUUAUGAUUCAGACGCCAUACAGUACGGCAUACCGGCAAUACCAAGGAGAGGUUAAACAAUGGCCUGCGGACUGGCAGGAUCGGGUGCUGGUCUUAACGGUUGACAAGGCACAAGGCAACCAAGCAGAUGUUGUUUUCCUUGACAUGGUCAGAACUACGUCGGUCGGCUUCAUGGACGACCCUCAGCGACUCAACGUCGCUAUCACCCGGGCGAGACAAGCCGAGGUUAUUAUCAUGCAUGUUCGUAUGAACUAUCGGCAGGCCAAAGGAUGCCGACGGGCUAAAUACGCCGCGCAAGUCUGGGCAGAUGCCCACAUGCACAGACGUCUUGUUCAUCUGCACUAG